AGAGAGAGAGAGGGAGCAGAGAGAUCUCUCCCACCGCCCACAUCCACUUCUUCUCCCUGACACUCGGAUGCUGCAGCAGAUCCACUGCGCUGCUCCCAGCUGAGCUGCUCUGCUUCAACUUCAACUUCCAGCACAGAAGAAAAUAAAUAAAUAAAGCAGAAUUAAAGCGAUUUUACGGUAACUGCGAGCUUUGGAUUUGACCUUGCACACAGAGGAGCGCUUUAUUCCCUUCUUCCUACAAGACAGAAAGAACAGGACAGGUACAGCGCUUGAAGGAUGGAGGAGCAGGUAUGUUAAAGUACAGCGCAGGACUGCUGAGCUACUGUUCUGCCAGGAGACAGAGAACAACUCACCGCUUUUCCUAAGAUGCUGGAGCUGCGUAAAGUCGGGAGGUCGGGAGAUAGCGGACCUGAGAGAGCGCAGGGGAUCUGCCUGCCCUUCAUCCUACUGCUGCUCAUGUUUACUCCGAGCGUGGACUCGUCCUGGUGGUACAUUGGUGCACUUGGUGCACGGGUCAUAUGUGACAACAUUCCUGGCCUGGUCAACAAGCAGCGGCAGUUGUGCCAGAGACACCCAGACUUAAUGCAGUCAAUUGGUGAGGGAGCCAAGGAAUGGAUUCGAGAGUGUCAACACCAGUUCCGGCACCAUCGCUGGAACUGUAGCACAUUGGAACGUGACCACAGUGUCUUUGGCCGUGUCAUGCUCCGAAGUAGCCGUGAGGCAGCAUUUGUGUAUGCAAUCUCCUCUGCUGGAGUGGUGUAUGCAAUCACUCGUGCCUGCAGCCAGGGGGAGCUCAAGAGCUGCAGCUGUGACACCCACAAGAGAGGAAGAGCACGUGAUGAAAUGGGUGACUUUGACUGGGGUGGCUGUAGCGACAAUGUGAAUUAUGGUAUCAAGUUCGCCAAAGCCUUUGUGGAUGCCAGGGAGAGAAUGGUAAAAGAUGCCCGGGCAUUGAUGAACCUGCACAAUAACCGCUGUGGCAGAAUGGCAGUGAAGCGCUUCAUGAAGCUGGAAUGCAAGUGUCAUGGCGUCAGUGGCUCGUGCACUCUGCGGACAUGUUGGCUCACUAUGUCCGACUUCCAGCGCACAGGAGACUACUUGAGGAAGAAGUAUGACAUGGCAGUGGAGGUUACAAUGAACCAGGAUGGCACAGGGUUUAUGGCUGCAGACAGGAACUUCAAAGGUACAACCAAAAACGAACUGGUGUACGUGGAAAACUCUCCAGACUAUUGCCUCAUGGACCGAACAGCAGGUUCUCUGGGCACAGCAGGGAGGGUGUGCAAUAAAUCUUCCAAGGGCAUGGAUGGCUGUGAAGUUAUGUGCUGUGGUCGUGGAUAUGACACCACACGGGUUAAGCAGGUCACCAAGUGCGAGUGCAGAUUCAAGUGGUGUUGCUCAGUGGAGUGCCAAGACUGUGAAGACACUGUGGAUGUUCACACUUGCAAACCACAUAAACGCCCAGAUUGGCUAGAUCUUACCUGACUUCUGUGGGUGUGGCCAAUUAUUUAAAGAUUUUCUCUUCUCAGGGAUCCCAAGUGGACCAAAGAAUAAGAGGAUGCAUGGUCCUGGCUUGCUGGUCUCUGUCUGCAGAAUGUUAAUCCUUUUUGGACCUCCAUGACAACAGUGCAGAAGUAAAACUCUUCUUCACUCUGGAACAUUGCUAGUCUUUGGACAUCAAAAGAAAAAGGGAUUUAACAUUUGUUUUUUUGCUGUUGUUGUCAUGGUUUAAAGACCUCAGAUAAGAGCAUAGAAAUUGCUGCACACUGCUUUAAAAUGUACAGACAAAACAAUUUUGACAACUUGUUUGACAAGAACUUCUUUUAAUAUUUGUUGUGGACUCUCUGAGAAAUUGAGCACUAGACACUGGAUACAGUGCAUAAUGAAUAUCAUCUGCAACAACUGCUUGAAAACAGAUAAGAACUUACUCAAAUUGAAACUGACUGGAAGCAUACCCCUCUGUAUGAUUUGUACAAUAAUAAUAACAAAUCUGCAGGAGGAGGUCAUACUGUUGUUGUACAUGGAAGGACGCAGCAUUUAACAUAACACAGUGCUAUAGUUAGGUUUCUUCAAAAUUCUUUCCAUUUUAAUAUAUUUGAGUUGGACAAAUACAGAAAGAAUAAAUUCCCUGUAAACCCUUUUGUCAUUAUGCAUUAUAAGAUGUUUGUAUUUUAAUCUUUUGUUAUUGAAACUGAAUAUAUAAGCACUUAAGCAUAAUUUUACAUGUAAGCACUUUUUGUGAGGGUUUAGAUAAAAGAUUGUUAAUGUUUAGAUUCUCUCAAAAAUUGAAUUUACAAUUGUUUACAUUGAAUUAAAUAAAAAGAAAACCAAAAAACAAGCUGACACAUGGUUAAAAUGUCAAUUCCAUUUAAUGUACUUGAUCACCAAUCUGAUACUAAGUUUCAGUUUUGGAGCCAAUACUGUCCUGAAACAUUGGAUUGAUAAUGGACUGGAUUUGAGAUAGUUUCCAUUCAGUGACACAGUGAUGCAUUUCAUGCAGUGAAUUUGUUUGAUGUUGACUGUCAUGACACAGAAUUUGGAAAUGAAUACAGGACACAGCUUAUUCUAAAGCAUGUCACCAUCAAGCCCCUGAUGUUUCACAUAACUUGGCAGCAGAAGCUUGCAAAGAGUCGCUCAGCUACUAAGAGGAUAUCAGUAAUGAAGCAGCAUUGGGUAUUGGACAAUAUUCAGUGCUCUGAUAUCAGUAUCAUAUCACAAAUGGAAAAAGUGCGAUCAUUGAGAGUGCAGUUCAUACAUUUUUGAAAGCCCUUCCCAGGGUCUUUAAGCUCAUAACACUAGUUGUGUCACAUGUAGACUGCACUAAAAUGCAAGCUAUUAACUAAAUUACAUGGUAGUAGUUCCUAAAUCAUGUGUAUUUGUCUUAAAAUAAAAGUGAUUAUUUACUCUCUGCAAUGUCUUAAUGGUUCAACAUCUGUAUGUUCUUAUGCAAAACUAAAUGUGAUAAUGACAAAUCAUUACCAUAUAAAGAUAUAGUGUACCGUGAUUAAGUAGUAAAAAUAGCCAGGACAGCAUAGCUAGCAUUCAUUUUGCUACGUGAAACCGUCUGUUUCUAAAUUUGUUAUUAAGAUGGAUGAGUGGAGUCAGG